CAUAUGCUGCAAACCUCUGCUUUCUGCUCAGCUACUUCCUUCGCGCAUGCGCACAUGGAGCAACAGACGGGCUACUAAACUGGUCAAACAGCGGGUGUAAAAAUGCAUAAGCUGAAGUCUUCACAGAGGGACAAGGUACGGCAGUUCAUGUCCUUCACACAGGCUGGGGAGAAGACGGCCGUGUACUGCCUCACGCAAAAUGACUGGAAACUAGAAGUUGCGACGGACAACUAUUUUCAGAAUCCAGAGCUUUACUGUAAGGAAUCCAUGAAAACCUCGGUGGACCGGAAAAAGCUGGAACAGCUCUACAAUCGUUACAAAGAUCCCCAGGAUGAAAAUAAGAUCGGCAUUGACGGGAUCCAGCAGUUUUGUGACGACCUCUCGUUGGACCCGGCCAGCAUCACCGUGCUGGUCGUUGCGUGGAAGUUUCACGCCGCCACUCAGUGCGAAUUCACCAAGAAGGAGUUCAUGGAUGGAAUGACGGAACUGGGGUGCGACAGUCCAGAAAAACUGAAAGCCCUUUUGCCAAGAUUAGAGCAGGAGCUAAAAGACAGCGGGAAGUUCAAAGACUUCUACCAGUUCACUUUUAACUUUGCCAAAAAUCCUGGACAGAAAGGUCUCGAUUUGGAGAUGGCCGUAGCCUACUGGAACCUGGUUCUGUCAGGACGAUUUAAGUUCCUUGAUCUUUGGAAUAGAUUUCUUUUGGAACAUCAUAAACGAUCCAUCCCAAAGGACACGUGGAACUUAUUGUUGGACUUUGGUAACAUGAUUGCAGAUGACAUGUCUAACUAUGACGAGGAAGGUGCGUGGCCCGUCCUUAUAGAUGAUUUUGUGGAAUUCGCUCGACCAAUUGUUACAGGAUCCAAACGUAAAACUCUCUAAAUCCGAUCCCGACUCUGGAAAGCCAGAACAUUGUUUCUUUCACAGCGACAUCAUUGUUUUUUUUAAGACUCUGUACAAAAAAAAAGUGGAAAAAAAAACCCUGUAGACUUCAGAAGAGAAAACAGAAGCACUUGAAACCGUCUUUCAGGGAGCCGAGUUGAGAAACAAACUGGCCACAUUUUCGGUCUCCUUGAGACGGAGGCGCCGUACGGACAUCGCCAGUGUCUCAGCGUCCCGGAGGGCCCCCUGCGCUCUGCUCCGGGAGGAGCGCCACAGCCUCACCACUGGGCCGACGAGGACACGGCACCGACACGAGGUUCACCCGCCAUGCGUUCUUUAAACGGACAGGACAGAAGAGAGCUGUGUGUUUUAAGAUUCUUCCAGGUCAUCUUUGUUUUGGUAUAUGAAGCUCUGCGUGACUGUGCAAACAUCCCAUGUCUUAACUCCAGCUUUGGGACAGAGUGCUCGCGACACCAGCACCAACAGAACUGUUGCAGUUUUUAACUGUACAUACUGUAUCUAAUGGGACAGAUGACAAAGAGAGCUAUAAGAAGAAUAAUAUAAUUAUGUUCAAUUUAUAAAAUGCAAAAAGAUGAUUGUUUUAUGUACAGUAAAAUGCUCAGAUCUCUAAACGGUGAUGCCUCAAUAUUAUGGAUAAUAAUGCUGUUGGUUUAGUUGUUCGGUGGACGUCCAGUCAUGGAGUUGUGAGCUCAUUGAAAGCAUGUUCUAAAAUCAUUUUACGUCACCUCGGGCUGGUUUCAGAAAUAAAGUUUCACUAAAGUAAAGGCAGUGCUUUGAUUUAGAUAACUGAUACUCGCUCAUUUGUCUGGAUAAUUUCGGUCCUGAGUGGUUGUACGUAGGCAUGGGCCGGCUGUCGAGGCGUAACGAAGGUUCUGAAACGUUUCGGGUUCAAAACUUUGUCUGGAAUUUAUUUAUUAUUAUUAUUUAAAGACAUUUGAGGUGCCAGAAAAAGUGCCCAAGUGAGGAGUUCUCUCCAGGUGUGUUCAACACAGAUUAAUGCAGACCGGCCCCUCUCCCACCUGUUGCUGAACACUACUUAGCAACUGGCUAAAAAAGAAAAACAAAUCUGCUCCUUAUUUCUAAUGCUAAAGACAAAUUCUACUGUUUUGAAGUAUUUGUACAAAUAUAUAUAUAUAUAUAUAUAUAUAUAUAUAUAUAUAUAUACAGCUCUCAUAUUGCAGUGCAGCCCCUCCCCCACCUUUUUCUGGGCAAAUUGUGUGUCAUCUUGCUGCUAAAAAAAAAGGCUGCUGCAUUUUUCUCAUGCUUUACAAAAAGCAUGAUUUGACCAUCUGCAAAUAUUUCUGGUCUUGAAAAAUGUAGAGUAAUGCAGUCGUUGGCCAUGCUCGUCACUCCACAAUGUUACUGCACACUGCUGGGUAGAUGGGUGAAAAAAAAUUUUUUUUUUUUUUUUUUUUUUAUCUUACAGAAAAAUACUAAUUUGUAUGGCAAAAGUUUGGGUUGCAAAAAACAUUUGGUGUAAAGUAAAGCCGCCUUGUCCCUCCCAAGUCUGUUACUGAGCACUGCUGGUCAGUCGGCUAAAAAAAUUAAACUACAUUUUAUUCAUGCUGACAUAAAAAUGUUUUAAAAAUACAACUGGCAAACAUUGCAGGGAUUGUUUGGAAUAAAAGCAAGUUAAACCAU